UCUUGCGCAUGUAAUGCAGACAUUUCAUCGAUGUCAACAACAGCCCACAGGGGGGGCCAUUUUUAAAUGACUAGCGUGCAAGUUUCCAUAACAAUCUCUGCGCCGGAUACUUGUACAUGCUCUUCUACGUACUACAAUAGUAUCACAAACAAAGUACCAUGAAAGUACUUGCUUUAAUAAGCGGAGGCAAGGACAGCUGUUUUAAUCUCAUGAAAUGUGUUGAAAAUGGUCACGAAGUGGUUGGUCUGGCACACUUGAGACCGAGGGACAGCGAUGAGCUAGACAGCUACAUGUAUCAGUCCGUUGGACACGAAGCCAUUCCCUUGUACGCGGAAGCGAUGGAGGUGCCCUUGUUCCAAGGUGAAAUCACAGGAAAGCCUUGUAAUCAAAGUGGCGACUACAGCGCGACAGAUGGUGACGAAGUGGAGGACUUGUACGAGCUUAUGCGGAAUGUUAGGGAAAAAAUCCCGUAUGACGCUGUCUCGGUUGGGGCAAUAUUUUCCGACUAUCAACGAGCAAGGGUACAGAACAUCUGCAAUCGACUCAACAUUGAAAUGUUGGCAUACCUUUGGCACCGGGACCAAGCUAAACUACUGAAAGAAAUGGUUGACAGCGGGAUUCAUGCAAUCAUCAUCAAGGUUGCUGCAAUGGGGCUGGAUCCAGGCAAGCACUUGGGAAUGACCAUCCAAGAAAUUCUUCCGCAUAUGCUGAAAAUGGAAGCAAAAUAUGGACUAAACGUCUGCGGAGAAGGUGGGGAAUAUGAGACGUUGACCUUGGAUUGCCCCCUGUUCAAGAAACGUUUAGUUGUGGAUGAGCAAGAAACUGUUGUCCACUCAGAUGAUGCCUUCGCUCCUGUUGCAUACUUGAAGCUGAGGAAAAUGCAUCUGGCCAAUAAAUGUCCAAAAGGCUGAUUACCACA